AUCUAUCUAAAACCUAGCCGCCUCCGUCGACCCAUUCUUCCUUCUAUUCUUUCUGGAAAUCGGACCAAAGAAAUAAAGUAAUCCCUUUUCCUUCGUCUCUCUUCCAUCUCGAUCUGCUUCACCACGCCCUUCAUUUCCUCUCGUCGUUCAUGUUCUGUGAAGGCCAAUGAAAAGGAAAAUACCUAUUCGAGUCUCCCUUCAACCCUCGACCUCGAUUUUCCAGUCCUGAGUCAGAAACUUCAACCGCGACGAUGGAGAAGGCGGCAUCUGGGCAACGUAACAAUUUCAUUGAGGGAUUUGCUUUCGAUUUGGUUUGUGAUUUUAUUUUGAUUUGGAUUUGUAGGCUGGUCUGUUUUGAUUUGAUCGAAGGAGAAGAAAAGGGGAAGGCCAGUGAUUCUAGACCUUACCGGCAGCCAAAUGCAUCGCCGAUUAGAACUCACUUGGCAACGAUGCCGCCGUCGACGGCAGAAAAAUAGCUCUGGCGAGGACCCUCUGAUAAGUUUGGUUUGAGAUUUGCAUGUAUUUAGUCUAUUUACUUUAUAGGGUUUUUAAUUAUUUUUUAUUUUUGUUGGUUUUCGGACGAAGAGGGGGUAAAAUAGUAGAUCGGCGCUAUCUGUUCCAAGUUUUGCCAGCAGGCAGCAACGAAGGUGACGAUGGCAGAAGAACAUAGACAACAACCUUUCAUUGAAUUUGCUUCGGCAUCGAUAGGGAGCCGAUUUCAGUAGAUUUGGGGGUUUUUUGUAAAUAGAUCUACCCUUGCUGGAGUCGGGUUGCGUGGAACUGAUUGGAGUAUUAUUGUCUUUUGUUUAUAGAUCUAUGUUUGUGAAUGCAUUGGUAGUUUUGUUAAUUCAAAUAUGAAGAUUAAUAAUAAUUUGUAUUCUUGUACUGAUAGGAGUAUUGUUCCUGUACUCUAAUAUUCUUUUUGUGCAUUUCGCGAUUUAAAUGAAAAUAAAACUCUCUAAUUCUAAUAUUAAAUGAAAAAGCUUAUUUUUUAUGAUAAAUAGUUGUCGUUGGCAAAUAUAACUUUUCCGACGACACGUUGGAAAAAAUAGUUCUAACGAAGGUUUGGUGGCAUCAGUAAAAAUAAUAUUUUUGACUAAAUCGUCGAAAAUAAUAAAUUAUUGACGCCCUAACAACCUCACAAAUGUGUGUACAACGUAUCAAAAAAAUUUAUCGGCCUCAAAUUCUCGUUACAAAUAUUUUUUCCGACGAUUUGUUAACGUUAGUAUAAAUAGUAUUUAUGACGGCUUGUCAGGAAUGCUUAAUUAUUAACGCAUAUAAUUCGUCAAAAAUGAGUAAAUUUGCCGUCAAUAAAAAAAUUCGUCAAAUUCAGCCAUCAUGAUGUAUUUCAAUUGUGAUGUCAUUUUUAUUAUUAUUAUUAACAAUUCUAUGUCGUCGAUACUAUUUUUGUUUUGACGACUGGUCAGUAAUAUUUUAUUAGCGACGGGACAAUUUCUUACGGCGUCCGACGAUUGUAUGUCGUCAAAAAAGGUCAUUUCCGACACAAUUUGAUUAAUUUCGUCGAAAAACAUGUCAUCGGUAAUGACUGUCUUUUUUGUAGUGAUUGUGUAAAAAGUAAAGAAGAUAAAUGCUAGAAAUCUAAAAAAUAAUUUAGUAAAUAAGAAGACAGUUUUGUUUGUUUUACGGAACUUGAUCCAAUUUUAUCCCCCUUUUCAAUGUUGGAUUUUCUUUUGAGAGAGAGUAGCUUUCAACAAAGAGAUAGAAGAAAACCAAAGAUUGCAUUGAUUGGAAAUUUAACAUUGUUAUUAACUCAAUUUAUGUUAUAUUUAAAUUUACUUCAUAAGGUUUAAUCAAAUACUUUUUAUUUGAACAAAUGUGAUAUACGUCACUCUCUGCUUUCUAUUUAUAUUUUGUUUACUUGACAAAAAAUUAUUAUUUAUGUGUGUUUGGUUAAGUUUAUCAACAUGAACUUAUUAUUAAAGCAAAAAAGAAAAAGAAUAAAUGGAUAAAUGAAAAAGAAUAAUUGGAUAAACGAAAUGAAAAUAUUAAAGAAGAGAGAGGUAGCUCCAUAAAUAUAUUAAUAACUAAUUUUUUUGUUUGUAAUAAAGUUGUCCAAUUUGGCCAAUUGUGGAUCCUCCAAGUGCUUAUAUGGCAAGAGAUUGUUUUUAAAUUGCCAUAAUAUAUAGUAUAGAUAGAUAUAGAUAGAUAGAUAGAUAGAUAGAUAUAGAUAUAGAUAUAGAUAGGUAGAUAUAAAUAUAGAUAGAUAGAUUUCCAACAUUCAAGUUCAAGGCCAUGCAAAAUGUAAGGAGUCGUUGAUUCUUUGGUACCUGGGGCUAAAAUUCAAGAUGUAACCCCAUACCAAAAGCAAUACAUAAUUGAUGACAUCAUACUUAUGGAAUUACACAAUAAAAGUACAGUACUUAAGUAAGCAAGCAGCAUGUGUCUCAAGGUUUUCAAACAUCAAAAGAAAUACUUUUUCUUUUUGCAACGUAAUUUUUUAUACCAAUGAAUCCAAAAGUUUACACAAAAGCAAUAAGAAUAAAUUUGGUUUCAGAUAGUUAGAACUUAGAACCAUCUUUUUUGUUAUAUAACAAUAUCAAUAUCAACGACUUGCACAAAAUAACCCAGCCAGAUGAAGAAUUAAAUUAUGUAGAAUCAUAGUAAAGCCAUGAAUAGGGGUAGCAAGACUAACAAUGUAUCAUGUGCUAACUUGGUUGCAUACAGUUAAUUAUGGUCAAUUGUUGCCACAUUAACCAUGAAAUCAUCAGAACUCCUCAUAACAAUCUGAAACAGCUAAUUAUGGUUAUUUGUUAGUGCAUCCAGUAUUCAAAAGCUAGAUACCUCUACAACCAAUCUCAAACCAUUAACAGUUAAUUCCGGAAUCACCUGAUGUUUACAUUUACUCGAGGUUUAUAAUGCGUAUUGCUUGAGACAGUUGGUAAACAAAUUCACAAUCGAAAGCCUACCUACAUAUUCAACCAAUCCCAAAGCAUUAAUAGUUAAAACUGGAACAACCUGAUGUUUGGAGACGCUCCAGUGUUAUAUUGCUCAUUUUCUUCUUCUAACUUUAUUAGAGAUAUUAUGUAUCAAUUUGUAAUAAGUACAAAAUUACGUAGAUAGAAUGUAAUUAGGCUAGAUACUAUUAAGUAAUUUAGUUAGGUUAGUUAGAGACUUGUAACUAAUUUCUUCUGCUUUGUAGAUAGAGUAUAAAAACCAACUACUCUUGCUGAACAAUGUUAGUUUGUUUUCAUUCUCUCAAUCAAGCAAACAGGAAUUCAUCAGAAAUCUGACAUGGUAUCAAAGCUCUCCUGAGCCGUUUUCCGUCUCUCUUUCUCGCUUCCGCAUCUUCUUCUUCGUCCUCAUUCUUCUGUCUUGAGUUCAUCGUCCUCCUAUGGCGAUUCAUGAUUCCUUCUAUGCAAUCUGAAUGAUAGCUUUAAUGGCCCUAGAUCCACAGUUAUGCUCUUAGAGCCUUUGCCACCAUUAACAAGGUGUUUGCCAUGAUGGUACAACACGAGAGGGAGAAUGGUUUGUUGCCUAAGCCACAGCCUGUUCCUAACCCUGCUUCGAACAGUAUGGCCUUCUUUACUAAGGCAUCAGGGUCACAUUUAGGAGUUCAGCAUACUGGUCAAGGGUUCAAGAAACAAGGGAAGAAACCCGUUUGCACAUUCUGUGGCUACACUGGGCAUACAGAGGAUGUGUGUUACAAAAAGAAUGGCUACCCGCCUGGAUAUCAGUCUAAGAAAAGGCAGCAGAAUCCCAGACAGGCGAAUAGUGUUUCCACUGAUAUAGCUUCAUCAUCCAAUGGUUCUGUCAUGAUCAAUCAAUCAGAUUGGCAGAGUUUUCAACAACAGUACCAGAAGAUGUUGAACUUUAUGAAUCCUCAAGUCCAGCAAAGCAACUAAGCUCCUUCUCAGAAUCAGUUUCCUCCUCAACAGAAUCAAUUUUCUGUUCAGCAGCAUUUUGUCCCAGCUCCAGCUGCUUUUUCUGAUGCCUACAAGGUUAAUAAUUCUUCUCACUAUUCAGUAUCCAACGAAAGUGAGGGUUAUGGGCAGCAUAACAUUGUCAGCAGAGCUAACUCUGUUGCUUCUCAUGAUUUUGAAGUCCCUGACUCUACAAGUACACUUCACUAUGCUUCUACUGUUAACUGCCAUAUUCAGGAUAAAUGGAUUUUAGAUAC